UGAGCGUCGUGCAGCGCGUAUCGAUAUGUUUUCGACAGUGGUUUGAUCGUGCUACGUAGUCCUCGAGUGACUGAAAUUUUCCGCGGACUCGAAAAUUACCUGUCGAGUGCGCGUGACAGCCGAGACACCCCCGUCACUCACGUACGAAUGACGUGGCGAUCAACGUGUUAAAGGGGCGGAUAUUUCGUAGAUCGCGGCGGACAUCAGGAAGAGACAUAACUCCAACGCGAGUGUCGGGAGAACGCGUCGUCAUGGGCAACCUGUAUUGUGGCCCGCGGGUGUAGUGCCAACGCGUAAUCGAGGGGGAGAGAAAGAGGGAGAGAGUGAAAGAGACAGAGACAGACCAGACACAAAAAGAGCGAGAGAAAGAGAGAGGGAGAGAGAAGGGACGAGAGUAGAAGGAAAAGAGAACGAGCGAAGGGGGAGAGAAAAAUAAAGGAAGACAGAACGUGGACAAGCGUGACCAGCAAGCUUCGAAAGGCUACUCUCUCGCGGCCAGGAGGAAGAGGGACGAGUGGAAGCGGGACGGAGAGGAUAAUGCGGACUCUUUGCUUCCGCCUUGAUCAACAGGACGUUCGGAUCUACUCGUAAUUCCACGAGGAGAUCUAACGAACGGCGAGAUGAUUCGAAGAAGAAGAGCUCCUCCCGUGUUAAGAGCAUGCAUAGGUAUAUUCCUGCUACUCUUCAGCACCGUGGCCGCUGACACGAUAAAAGGUCCACCCUUGAUCGCAGACAAAGUGCUCGCGUCCAACGCGACCGAGACGUCGUCAGCGGAGAGGGGCAAACCGAUUCCGAACAAAAUACCGUCGAGGGACAAGACGGAAUUCGCUUCGACGGAGGACAACAAGGGAACCAUCGAUUCCUACAAUGCGACUAAGAGAGAUCCCGACACGGCACACGAGCUUAUCAAAGACGCCAAAGCGGAGGGCGAAGAGAAAGUGGCAGCGCCGAUCGGCGAAGAAUCCGAAGUGGAAGGAAUAAGGUCGCGCAACGAAGUCGACAGGUUAUCGACCUUGGAUUCGACUAACGGGGGUUCGAGGUUCGAGGAGAUCCUCUACGGACCUUCGGGAAAGAGUUCCAGCACGAAGACGGCCGGCGAGGAUAUUCACAGGCUGUCCAGAACGAACGAUUUGACCGCUGCCACCGCGAAACCCGCGUCGGAUGAGUCCCGGCUCGACGAAAAGGUCAACGAAACGAUCUCUGCCCGGCAGUCGGAAGUAGAAGUUGCCCGCGAAACGAAUAAAACCGCGAAGACGCUCGAGGAUGGAGCCAGCUCCAAAGAAGAACUCGCGGCGGAAACUGCAAAUACGAAAGCGGAUCUUGAAAGUUCGUCGAAAGAGGGGAAGAGCUCUGCCCUGAAGCUGGAAAAGGGCAACUUCGAUAACGAACUAACAACGCAGGGGGCUAUUUUGCCGGAGGAGUUUCAAGUGAGGACCAAGAAGGCGGAGGAUUCGAGACCGAUGAAGAACUCGGAAGUGGCGGACUUGGAAAAGACGGACGAGAACGACGGGCCUGGCUCGUUAAUCAACGACACGAACGUCAACUACAGCCACAGACGCAAAACCUCGACGGAAAAGGGCCUCGAAUCAGGCGAGAACCAGUCGACGGCCUCCGAGAACGCCACGAACUUCAUUUCCAAAGACGUCGACACGAAUCACAGAUCCGGAGGCCCCAAGGGGGAGGUGGAGGUCGUCGGAAAUCUGACAGAUUCCGCGACUCAGAGAGUCGUGGAGCAGCCUGAAAGUCUAACGAAGAAGGAAGUCCUUCAGGAAUCAGGCCAAGGCUCGAGCCAGAACGAGAAGUCCGAUAAUUCCACACGGAAGACCGAACCGAUAGAGUUGAUCGACAAGGACAGCCAGCAAAAAUUGGUCGAGCUUACGACCGAGAGAGCUAACCACGAAGGGUCGACCCUGGCAGCUAUCUCCAGCCCAGUCCCCAGAGGCAGAACCAUCGCCUUCUCAGGGGUAAACGAGUUCCCUGGCCAUGAACCGAAACCCACGGCAGCCUCGAAGGUUGACCCUUCGUUUUCGAAGAAGAACAUCAGCAUGGACAAAACCACCGAGCAGAAGCCCUAUCCAUACUCGAAAUCCACGGUCAAAGACAACGUCCAGAAUUUCAGCCGCGAGGCUGACGAUUCCAUCCGAGCCACCACGGAGGAAUCUUCAGCGUUAGAGAACACGAUAGGCAGGGAACAGUCCGAGGAGAAGUUCAUCGUCACGGAAGCGUCUGACGUCUUGGAGAAUAGCAUCCAGCAGUUCAAACCAGCGUACCACGAGAAACCGGCCAACGAAUCGUCCACUGCUUCGACUUUGUCCCCUCGUUCGUCGCUACCAAUGACGACCGUACCGCUGGUGACGCUACAGGAAGCCGAUCCAACGAAUCAAUCGGUCGUCGAUGUCGCCAAUGGUGCGAAGACGGUCCCCGAGUUCCAAGAAAAAUCGACGAACACGGGAAAUGAUGUUCCACGGUGGAACGAAGGCCGCGAGACGAUCACGGGGAAGGGGAACUUCGACGUGACUGGGAAUGGGAUAACGGAAGUCAGCUCGAAACCGGAGAGUGCCAAUAAACGAACUUACGGGCCCUCUCCGCAAGAAACCAUCGACCAGGCCACCUCUAUGACCGCCAGCUCCACGUUGAAACCGCAGACGGAAGUGGGAACUCUUUCCGAUGUAGACGCGGUUCAAACCAACGUCGAGAGUUCGCUGCUGUUUCGUUCGACUCUCGACGCCACGGAGGUUUCCACCGAGUACCACCCGUUGCUUAAAGGCAAUUUUUCCGAGACGGACAACAAGUUGACGGUCCCGAUAACCUCUCCUGUAGAUAACACAACGACAAGAACACCGGAGAGCACCGAGUCGCCUACCACCGUCGACGUACCGGAGGACAAAGUCGGCAAAUCCAGCGUAACCCUCGACACCAAUGGAACGAACGAGAUUCCUUCGGGUCUGGACAGAGGCGACGUGUCGACCACGACCGGCGUCGAGUAUGAAUUCGUUGGUCUAUCCGAAACGACCACUUUCCUCGCUCAGAACGUUACCGAGGAGAUUCCAACGGGAUUGCCGUUAGUAAACGCUACCUCGAUGAUUGCACCAACUGUCCAGGACGGAUUCGGGAAAAACUCCUCGCAAGAAGCUUCUACGAUGAAUCCUGUGACCUUUGCAGAUCAUUCUUUGGUAAGCGGUGAGACGGAGGUGCCUGGAGUCGAUGAUGACAGGCUUUCGAGUACCACGGUGGUCGAUCAGACGAUCGUCCCUACGUCCAUGUCAAGUCCCACGACGCAGUUCAGGGAUGAUUUUACCACCCUCUCGAGUGCCAUCGAAGCAGAGACCGACGUGGAUUCUACCAGGGAAGACGAUCGGAAGACGGGCAGCGUCACAGAAUCUUGGACGACUACGACCGACGACGACGUUGCCACGGUGAGGACGGAGCAGUUUUCGUCGUCGAAUUCCAAGGACUCUCAUUUCGUACCGAACGUCACGGAAGCUUCUGUGAAGUCAACGGUAAUGCCGGACGUUAACGCGACAGAUGCCACUCGAGCGACUACAUCCAUCCCCGUUGCGUCGAGCAGUCUGGGACCGAGGAUUCUAGAACCGGUUAUCACGAGCACUCCAACUGUUCGCGACACAUCGUUGGAGACGACAGCUGACACGAAGACGUCGCCAUCCCCGGAGGAGAUCACUUCCCUGGUGCGUAUCGUCGUGGAGGGCAGCUGGGACGACGUGUGCCCGAAAAUGGAUAAGAUGAGGAUGACUCUCGCCGAACUUCUGGCAACGGGAAUCAACGGGUCUGUUUCCGAUAAGCAAAUUAUAUUUCACCAAGAUCCGUGCAGGGAACCGCCGAGCUCAACGCCAGCGCCAGAGGAAAUGCCGUUAACACCGAUAUUAGUUUACGUUGUCGACGAGAACGGGAAAUUUGACAGCGGCAUGACGAACAGCUUACCUGGUUUGUACAAGGAGUUUCAGGGUCGUGUAAAAUUCCCAGCUACAAUACACAGCUUUCUUCUGGUACAGGAAACUAUUCCGGAUUCCGGAAACGCGAUAGCAGUCAUCGUGGUCUCCUCGGUUGCUUUCAUUUGUCUGGUUCUUCUGGCUGGACUGCUGUUUAUAAUGAGGAAGAGGCAGACGAGAUUCAACUAUGGCGAACGAUGUCGACCGGUAUCCUUGGAUGCCUACAGCGUCGACAGCGUUUCGGCGUACAACAGCGUGAGACGUAAAGGUGCGGUCAGAUCUUCGAAAAGAAGCUAUGGGAAUCCAACCUUCGAGGAUUCGAGCGCCAUACCGUCCCACCCCUUGAAUUUUGCCGGGCUUUCAUCUUUCUGUAACGACACUAACGCAAUCAACGAGGAAUUCUCUGGUAUUCCGCAAGUUUCGGCGAAGAUAGACGAGCUGCCACCCGGGGCGGAAGUGAAGAACAGAUACGCGAACGUGAUACCGCUUCCGGAGACGAGGGUACCCCUCCAAAAAAUGAACAACAACCCCCUUACGGAGUACAUCAACGCCAGCUACGUUAGGGGACCGAAGAACGCGACGAGGUACUAUAUCGCUUGCCAAGCGCCAAUGGAGUCGACCAUCACCGACUUCUGGAGGAUGAUCUGGGAACAACAGUGCAAAGUGAUCAUCAUGUUAACCGAUCUCGUUGAAAACGGGGUGGAAAAGUGCACCGAGUAUAUUCCACCGUCGGAAAUAUCCGAUUGCCACCGGUUGUACGGUGACUUCCAAGUUACUCUGAAGAAGAGAGAAACCAAAGAGAAAUAUGCCAUUUCAAUGCUUCAUUUAAAAAAUUUGGAGAACAACACGUUCCGAGAAGUGUACCAUAUUUGGUACCUUUGGCCUGUUAACGGGAUACAAUCGGAUGGAGCAGGCUUGAUAGCCGUGCUUCUCGAGGCAAGGGCCCUCCAAAGAGGUGGUCCUGGACCUAUAGUGGUCCACUGUAGUCCCGGCACUGGACGCACGGGAACGCUAAUAGCUCUUGACUUAGGGAUUAGACAAUAUGAGAUUACGAGGACUGUGGACGUGCCAAGGGUCGUUUACACUAUCAGACGGGAUCGUGCUGGGGCUGUACAAACUAAAGAACAAUAUGCCUUCAUUUACAAGGCGUUAAAUUUGUACGCGACCAAACUUGCCGGCGGUGUAUUGGACUCGGCGUGAAUCACCGAAAAUAAACUAGAUUGUUAUCGGUUGAGAAGUAUAUCCGAGUCGGAGCAGAGAACUGCAGUAUCGAUAAUCGAUAACGAAACAUCACCGAAGGCGAUAGAAAGCGCGAGAUUAUGACACCCGUGAUGCUAUCAACCGAAUAGGAAGAUGCUAAUCGACGAAUGAAAAAAGGUGACUUGUGAUACGUGGACCACUCUGACGAUCGUAUUUCGUUUUAGAUUUUUCCUUGAUCCUCUCGGAGCCCGACGAUUAAAAAACAAAGAGGAGAAAAUUCAAUACGCAUACUUUUGUUUACUUGUCUGCUUCUUUAGGACCGUAUUCGAAUUACUUUUGAACAAAGAUAAGCAAAAUAUUAUAGAUUAUAAAAAGAAAUAGUUUACAGAUGUACGAUUUUUCAAUUGUAUCGAGUUACGAAUACAUCGUCCGUUAUUUGAAUAUACUUUUGCUAAUCUUUGUGUUAUAUAGCUUUUGCUAGGCGUUUACUUGAAACUUAGAUUUUUAGAUUCAGCCUGCGCAGCUGAAGCAUCGACUGAUCACUGGGAUAAACGGAUCCCAAAUAUGUGAUAUUUUCAGAUGUAGUGAUUUCUAUAUUCGCCAAAUUAAAAUACAUAGAGAAGCGUGUUCCUGUUUUUAAAGUAAAACAUCGAGAAUCGAGAGAAGACGAAGCAGGCAAUAUUCGAGUCAAACCAAGGGACCGAGAGGCAGAAAUUAAUUUGUGAUAACCGAACUAUAUAUUGAUGAUAUUCAGCUUCGUAUUUCUUAAGCCUGUUCAAUUUCAUAAAACUCUUUUUAUCGUAGAUUUCGUCUCCUUGGUCAAUACUUUAAUAUUCAUGUAUUAUGAAUUAUAUAUACUUCUAAAUAAAAGUAAUUAAGUGUAGCUAAAUAUUUAACGUUGAUAUCAUACGUGAAAAACGAUUUCUUUUUAUACAUAUUAUGCAAAGCGAAUUGUACGACGAAAGAAAAUGGCUCGAAGAAAACGAAACGUCUUUCUUCGAGAUCAUUUGCGUGUGUAACGAAAACACACGCGUGCAUGUUAAUUAUUCUUAAAUCGCAAAAUCGUUUUGUUCUUUUCUUCUUCGAGCUACCUAGGUAUUAUCGUAUUAUUGUUGUUAUUGUUAUUGUUGUUGUUAUAAUUGUACAGAUACUUUGAUUCGUAGCACGUCGCUCUCUAUAAUUGUACAUAGCAAACCAGCCAAGAAAUAAGAGAUUUCGUUAAAAUUGUAUUCUUUGUUUUGCAAAUCUUCGUUCCUCGACCAGCGUCGCCAUUUUUUAAUGGUAGACGCGCUGAUCGUCACUCGCCACUUUCUUAGGACUUCGACCACGUUUGAAAAAUAAGAUGAAUUAUACCGUAAAUUUUGUCGACUUUGACGAUUCGUUAACUUUUAUGGAAUUCGAGGAUUGUUUUGACGCUUGAAAACAAUUACAGGAUGAACAUAAACGUGCUUCUUCCGAUGAUUCAUUUUCAUGGUUAUUCUUAGUCCUCGUGAAUUUUUGUAAUUUGUCGCUAUGAAACCUGUAAAGUAUUCAACUUGUAUGCAUUCAACAGUCUUGUCCUUCGUUUCUGCAUUUAUCUCUUAAAUAAUUUCACAUGGUUAUUUGUAAAGAAUUGAAAUAUAAUUUUAAUUCAUCGCUAUGUUAAUCGCGUACCUUUUUAUCCUGUUUCGUAUUUUUACUUUUUAGGACAUUUAAUGAUUCAAAAUUUAGAUUUAACUAUUGAACAAGAUUAGGGUAAUAUUAAGUGCGUAAACAUUUGUCAUGAUAUUCGUUAGGUGGUAAUACUAAGACCAUGAACUUGUCUUAUAUUUACGCCUGUAAAAUAGUUAGAACACAGAAGUAGUAGCCAAGCUGAACUUGCCAAACCAAAUCACGUAAACAUUGAGACUCGUCCAUGAGACUCUAACUAAUAAAAUAGAGAGUUUAAAUUAGCGAAUACAAUUUCGUAAUCGUAAAACAUAGGAAAAGUAAUCGACAAAAUCUAUGGGAUAAUAUAAUACGUCACCGAAAUGUCUUCUAUGAAAUUUUUAUUACAAGAUUAAACAACAAUGAUAAUUUAUACGUGCAAGCAAGGGAAAAUAUAGUAUUCCAUAUGUUAGCAUGAAUAUUGUCACGAGUUAAAACAUACAACAUCUUAACGAUCUAGAAUCUAUAAGAUAAAAUUUAACUACUAACAAUGAAGAAAUGUUAAUGUAAGCACUAUGAUCUCAUUUGCUAAAACUUGAAAUUAAGAUAAAGUAAAAGUUCUUUGCCACGCCAUUGAUAAUUAAGAAAAUAACUUGCUUUUAAUUAUAAACAAAAGCCUCGUCGGUACUGUAUCCGAUAAGUGACAUUUGUACCACUGGUAUAAAUAAAACGGUGUAUCGAGUGUUAAUCCUGUCUAGUAGCGAAACAUUUUUUUACUAAAUAUCAUGUAGCAGUAUAUAUACAUAUAUGUAUAUCGGUGUCUUUGUCUUAAUUAACGUUAUAAUUGCUAACAGCCUGACGCGAAAAACCAAAAAGGGGAAAUAAAUGUUUCAUUCUAUAAAUGUUCGAUAUCGUUAUUAUAAGUGAAAUGUGUACGUUUAGAGAAAGUUAGAAAACGAUGUCUUUGCGUAACGAAGAAUGAGAAUGACGAACGAACAUGCAACUAUGUCGGAAAGCCAAGACCAGACGGAUGUGUAUGUGUUAAUGUGUAUGCUCAUUAAUGUACAUGCUAGAAAAAACGUAUAAUUGUAUUAUUAAGAUUGAAAUCUGAAAAAAAGAAUGCCACAAUGUGCGGUCGCAUAGUUAACGAGGCAACUAUGUCGGUUGCGCCUAACAUAGUUGGACCAAGAAAAUAAAUGUAAUUGUUCGAUA